GAUCACAGAUGAGUGUCUCAGUGCCCAGCCCCUGAUAGUCUGCAGAGUACAGGAUAAGCCUGAGGCCACGGCAGAAAUGGGGAGAUCAAGAUUGUGUACGUGCUGCCACUGAGCUGCAGGCAGCAAGAUCACGAGCAACAAGAUUCUCUGCUGAAGGCAAAGGAAAGAGGGUCCAGAGAGAAACAGCCUUCCUCUGAGAGCUUGCUCCUGGGAGAGGCGUGUGACCUAACUGUGCCUCAAGGAGCAGCCACCAUGUCCACGCAGAGGCUCCGGAACGAGGACUACCAGGACUACAGCUCCACUGAUGCCAGCCCGGAGGAGAGCCCGUCGGAGGGCCUGGGCAGCUUCUCCCCUGGUGCCUACCAGCGUUUCGGGGAAAGCAACAGCACGACGUGGUUCCAGACCUUGAUCCACGUGUUAAAAGGCAACAUUGGCACGGGACUCCUGGGGCUGCCUCUGGCGGUGAAAAAUGCAGGCAUCUUGCUGGGGCCCCUCAGCCUGCUGGUGAUCGGCGUGGUGGCCGUGCACUGCAUGGGUAUCCUGGUGAAGUGUGCGCACCACUUCUGCCGCAGACUGAACAAACCCUUUGUGGACUACGGGGACACUGUGAUGUAUGGACUGGAGGCCAGCCCCAGCUCCUGGCUCCGGAACCAUGCCCACUGGGGAAGGCGCACAGUGGACUUCUUCCUGAUCGUCACUCAGCUGGGAUUCUGCUGUGUCUAUUUUGUGUUUCUGGCUGACAACUUUAAACAGGUGAUCGAAGCCGCCAACGGGACCACUAACAACUGCCACAACAAUGAGACGGUGAUCCUGACACCCACCAUGGACUCGCGUCUCUACAUGCUCGCCUUCCUGCCCGUCCUGGUGCUGCUGGUGUUCAUCCGGGACCUCCGCGUCCUGUCCGUCUUCUCCCUGCUGGCCAACAUCAGCAUGCUGGUCAGCCUGGUCAUGAUCUACCAGUUCAUAGUCCAGAGGAUUCCCGACCCCAGCCGCCUGCCCUUGGUGGCAUCCUGGAGGACCUACCCCCUGUUCUUCGGCACGGCCAUCUUUGCGUUCGAAGGCAUCGGGAUGGUUCUGCCUCUUGAAAACAAAAUGAAGGAUCCCCAGAAAUUCCCGCUCAUCCUGUACCUGGGGAUGGCCAUUGUCACUGUCCUCUACAUCAGCCUGGGGUCCCUGGGGUACCUACAAUUCGGAGCCAGUAUCCAAGGCAGCAUCACCCUCAACUUGCCCAACUGCUGGCUGUACCAGUCGGUGAAGCUGCUCUACUCCAUCGGCAUCUUCUUCACGUACGGGCUGCAGUUCUACGUCCCGGCCGAGAUCAUCGUCCCUUUCUUUGUGUCCCGAGUGCCUGAGCAGUGCAGGCUGCUGGUCGACCUGUCCGUGCGCACCGCCAUGGUGUGCCUGACCUGCGUGCUGGCCAUCCUCGUGCCCCGCCUGGACCUGGUCAUCUCCCUGGUGGGCUCCGUGAGCAGCAGCGCCCUGGCCCUCAUCAUCCCGCCGCUCCUGGAGAUCGCCACCUACUCCUCCGAGGGCCUGCGCCUGGUCACCAUCGCCAAGGACGCCCUCAUCAGCCUCCUGGGCUUCGUGGGCUUCGUGGUGGGCACCUAUGAGGCUCUGGCCGAGCUGAUCCAGCCCAGCGCCACUCCUGUCUCCACUAAUUCCACCGGUGCCUUUGCCUACUGAGCUGGGGGCAUCUCGGGCCCACCGCACCGCCCUGGCUGUCCUGGACCUGUCCCCGGAGCCUCCAGGUCCGGCCUGGGGCAGGUGCAGGGUGUCUGGGUUGUGCGGAUUUCAGCCCGGACCUUGUCAGCUCGCCCCGUGGUGCCUCCUCCCUCAUGGUCUGCCUCCUCGUCCAACCCACCUCUCCCAAAGCAUUCCUCUCGCACGGCUCACUUUAUUUAAACAUUUUCGUGUCUCCCACCCCAGGUUUUCUGCUUGGUGGACCAGGCCUUGUGAGUGAGUGGGCACCCCUCUCCACUUGAGAAAGCUAGGCCUCCUCACCCUCCCUCAGUUUUGUCCCGGAGGGUUCCCCCCCCACUCAGCUCUCUAGGGGUGUCUGGCCCUACCUCGUGGUUGAAAGCCCAAACCUGGAGUUUUUAACCCUUGCUCUCCCUCACUUGCCCUGGACCUGGCCCCGGACCCCCUCCCCUCUGAGUCCCUCCGUGUGGGUCGUGAGUGUGUGUCCUUCACAUUAGCUCUGAAAUGACGUAAGAUGCUGCCAAAAUGGAAAAUAUUUAUAUUUUAUUUAAGAUUAGGUUUCAUGUUUUUAGUUUCUAUCAGUCUGGGAUGAUUAGGAAUCGUUUCUACUUCUGUGACACCCACCCCCACCCCCGUACUGGGGAUCAAACUCAGGACCUUGCACUUGCCAGGCAGGUGUGGCGCCAUUGAGCUACAUCCCCGCCCUUCCUCAGUACCCUCUGACUCAGCCUUGACUCUUGCCCCGGAGGUGCGUGUGGAGCGCCUGGAUGCCCACACCUGUCCGGCAGGGUCACCUGUGCACCCAUUGGGGCGGCCCGGGUCUCACCACCUGCUGCCCCUCAGCUCGAUUUCCCUGGCCGGGCGGAGGUCUCAGGGUGGCUGGUGCAGGGGGUGAUUUGUGUGUUCGGGCCCAGUAUUCAAGCUCAGUUCCUGGCAGGCGAAAGAGAUAGCAGUCCCUUUGCCGUGGUGCCAGGAAGACCCUUGCUGCUGUGGGCGGGAAGCCGAGGUCAGGGACUGACUGUUCGAGGCGGAAUCGGCCCCAGCUGCUCCCACACUGCGUGAGGACGCACAGUACUUGGUCGUUUAGGAUGGGCGGGGUGGAGCCGUGCACGCCUCACGCGGCCCCAGCCCUCCUCUUGGAGAGGAAACGCAGAACACUAAGGGGACCCACGAACUCUGCUGUGUCCCCAGCCUGUCGCCGACGGGGAGGUCACCUCAAGCUCAGCCUGCGGACCACGGUAGGG